UCGGUUCCGACGUUGACCUUAACUGGUUUGCCUUUUUCUUGUGUGCUGUUUGUGUUUCAUUAUUUUCCCGUGUUUUUUUUUUUUUUUGGAUUGCGGCGAGUGUGCUCAUUAUCGAUAUUACCGACGACAGAAGAGUAGUUACCCAAUGUUAAAUACGUAUAACAUUGUUCGAAUUGAGGAAAAUAUCUAAUAUUAUAAGAAUCAACUAUUGUCUUCCCACGUUGUUUCUUUGUUUUUACUGUUGUGCUUGUGUAAAUAUACACAUAGACAUAAAUAUAUAAUAUAUAUAUAUACCUUGAGUGCCGUACCAUUUGGAUACGCGUUAACUGGCUCCCCGAAGAGAAAUCUCAACCGGCCGAGAGAAGUUAAGACCAAAUAAUGAAGUACACGAUGAAGAACAUGAAUCUAGUAAAAGUCAAUCUUAUAUUGACAAUAUUCUGAAAAGUGAAAAAGCAUCAAUGAAGCGUUUUCUAAAUGCUAAAUUAGAUAAAUUUAAUAAAAUAAUUAAUCAAGCAUCAAAAAAAGUUAAAAAAUUGAAAAAAACACUUCUAAAACAUAAACUCGCUAAUUAUGAAUUAACAAAAAAGAAUUUAGAUUACCAAAAUACUUUAAAAAUACAACAAGAUCAAAUAUCAAAAAUUGAAGAAACGAUCAAAGACAAAGUCUAUAGGGUUCUAGAAAGUGAUUUUCUAUGUCCAAUUUGUAAUGAAUUAAUGGUUAAGGCGUGUACAAUUAAUUGCAGCCAUACAUUUUGUGAAGUUUGUUUAAAUACUUGUUUUGCAAAAAGGCCUGUGUGUCCUAUUUGUCUAACUUUAGUUAGAACCAAAACUCUUUGUCUAGCUCUGGAUAACUUUAUUACUAAUAUGUGUAAUCUUCUUGGGAAUGAAAUAAAAGAACAUCGGGAAAAAGUACAACAAGAAAAAUUGACAGUUAAUGUCCCACGAGUAGAGUAUGCACCACAAACUGCUAGAAGAGGUGGUAGAAGAAGAGGUACAACUCAACGUCGAAAUACACAACCUGCACAUGUUCAAUAAGAAAUAGUGCAAAGAAUUCAUGAAGUUAUGUUUUGAUAAAUACCUGAAUUUUUGACUGAUGUAAUACAUUUUAAACUUUCCAAAAGAAAAAUUACUUUUUACUCUUUCAUAUUUUUAGAAAAAUUGAACAAAAUAUAAUUAAAUAAUUAUAAUUAUUCAUGUGAAUUUUAUAAAUAAUUUUAGUUUGUUUUUGUACAACUUAGUUUAAUAAACUCAUACUACAUAUGUAAUAUUUAAACUUUGAAUUUAAAAUUGUUAAAUUUUAUAUAAAAUUAAGAUAAUUUACCUUAUUGUUAAAAAUAAAAUAUUUUCUAUACAUUAUCUCACCUAUUGUAUUUUAAAUUUUAAUUAAAAGAUAUUUGAUACCAAGCAAAAUGAUAGGUACUUUUUUAACAACUAUGAGCACAAUAACAUAUUAUUUAAUGUUUUUAAUACAAAUAUAAAUAAGCAUAAGUAUUUUAAUUAUAUUUUACAUGAACUCUAUUAAAUAAUAAAAUAAAACCUUGGGAGCUAGAGCUAUUGGUUGGUACAUAAGAAUUUUGUUCGCCACCCGUUUCCUACUAAAGCGGUUAGCCCAUAUGACUAAUAAUAAAAAAUAACAACAAAUUUCAAUGAUAGAUAUCUAACCAUAAAAAAAAG